CCCCGGCGUAUUCCCCAACCCGCACCCGCAAGGCUUUCCGAGUCGCACAAUCUCUCACCAUGAAGCUGAAUGUCAAGAACAUCCGCUAUCUGGCCGCAGACGACUGGCGCGUCCUCACUGCGACAGAGAUGGGCAGCCGCAACCAUGAAGUCGUACCAACCCCCUUGAUUGCCCAGAUCGCUGCCCUUCGCUCAGGCACCGGCGUCCACAGGUGCAUUUCCAACCUCGCAAAGAUUGGCCUCAUUGCCAAAGUCCGAAACGCCAAAUAUGACGGCUACCGGCUCACAUACGGCGGGCUCGACUACCUUGCCCUGCACACCCACCAGAAGGCGUCGACGGUCUACUCGGUCGGCAACCAGAUCGGCAUAGGAAAAGAGUCGGAUAUCAUUGUCUGCGCCGACGAGACGGGCAAGCAGCUGGUUCUCAAGAUCCACCGUCUGGGCCGCAUAUCUUUCCGCACCGUCAAAGCGAACCGUGACUAUCUGCGCAACCGCCAGGGUGGGUCGUGGAUGUACAUGUCGCGCCUCGCUGCCCUGAAGGAAUUCGAGUUCAUGAAGGCUCUACGAGCAGAAGGAUUCCCAGUGCCCGAGCCGGUCGGUCAGAACAGACAUACAGUCAUCAUGAGCCUCAUCGACGGUUUCCCUCUGCGUCAAAUCUCAAAAGUUGGCGAUCCGCAGGAACUCUACGCCGAACUGCUCGCCCUCAUCGUUCGUCUGGCGCAGUAUGGUCUGAUCCACGGUGACUUCAACGAGUUCAACAUCAUGAUUGAAGAGAAACCCGAAAAGGACGACACCGUGUCACUGGUGCCCACGCUUAUUGACUUCCCGCAAAUGGUCUCAAUCGAUCAUGCCAAUGCCGAAUACUACUUUGACCGCGAUGUCGCUUGCGUAAAGCGCUUUUUCGAUCGCCGAUUCGGCUUCAAAAGCGACGAGCCAGGUCCGUUCUUCAAGGAUGCCACCAAGAAGCUUGUCAAGAGGUUGGACGUCGAAGUACAAGCGUCUGGCUUCAGCAAGAAGAUGGCGAAAGAGCUGGAACUUUACAUGAAGGAGCAUGGCAUCGAUGGUGAUGCUGGAGACAUUGCCACAGGAGUAGAGGGAGAAGAGGUUGACGGCGACGAUGACGAUGAAGGCGGCGAGGAGGACGAAUUUAGUCAAGAGGAAGACGGCGGCGUCUCCCUCCAAGGUGGCCCUGUAGGCGACGAACAACCUACUCUUGCCUCACAGAUGACCAUACUCGAGAUUCGAGACAACGACCCACUACCAGACCUCAAGGACAUUAAGCCGCCUCCACCAUCCGAGCCCACCAUGACCACGAAGGCUGCCAAGAAGAAAGCCGGGUGGGCCAUCUAG